CCCGGCGCCCGCUUUGCUUGGGCAUGGCCGAAGACGCGGACGUGGGCAGCAACUCGCUGCAGGGCUACGAGCUGGAGGCGAACGGGUACUUCGCGGUGGAGGCGAAGGAGAGCCAGGACGGCAGCAAGUUCGCGGAGCUGGUGCUGCGGCGCGCGCUGGACCGGGAGAGCGAGCAGAGCCUGCGGCUGGUGCUGACGGCGGUGGACGGCGGCGAGCCGCCCCGGAGCGGCACCGCCCAGCUCUGCAUCAACGUCACCGACGCCAACGACAACCCCCCUGUGUUCGCGCAGGACCGGUACCGCGCGAGCCUGCGCGAGGACGCGCCGCCGGGCUCGCCGGUGCUGAACGUCUCCGCCUCCGACGCCGACGCCGGCACCAACGCCCGCAUCACCUACGGCUUCGGGAAAAUGCCGGCCAAGGUGCUUGAGAAGUUCGUGGUGGACGCGGAGAGCGGGGCGAUCACGCUGCAGGAGACGCUGGACUUCGAGGACACGCGAGGCUACACGCUGCUGGUGGAGGCGAGGGACGGGGGCGGUCUGGUGGCGCACUGCAAGGUGGAGGUGGAGGUGCUGGACGUGAACGACAACGCGCCGGAGAUCACGGUGUUGUCGGUGUCGAGCCCGGUGCCCGAGGACGCGCCGGCCGGCACGGUGGUGGCCCUCCUGAACGUGAUGGACCGGGACUCCGGGGAGAACGGGCAGGUGUGGUGCGAGCUGUCGGGCGAGGCGCCGCUGUCGAUCGUGGCGUCGUCGGGCGGCUCGUACAAGGUGGUGACGGCGAGCGCACUGGACCGGGAGCAGGCGCCCGAGCAGCGGGCGACGGUGGUGGCCAGGGCGGGCAGCCCGGCGCUGUGGAGCCGCGCGGCGCUGGUGCUGGAGGUGUCGGACGUGAACGACAACGCGCCGGUGUUCGAGGAGGCCGCCUACAGCGCCUACGUGGCGGAGAACAACGCGGCGGGCGCGCCGGUGCUGCGCGUGCGCGCGCGGGACGCGGACGCGGGCGCCAACGGGCGCGUGAGCUACUGGCUGGCGGGCGGCAGCGCGGGCGCGGCGGGCGCGGCGCCGUACGUGUCGGUGGAGGCGCGGAGCGGCGCGGUGUACGCGCAGCGCUCCUUCGACUACGAGGAGUGCCGCGAGUUCGCGGUGGCGGUGCGGGCGCAGGACGGCGGGGCGCCGGCGCGGAGCUCGACGGCGACGGUGCGCGUCUUCGUGCUGGACCGCAACGACAACGCGCCGCGGGUGCUGUGGCCGGCGGCGGGGGCGGGGGCGGCGGCGGCGGCGGCGCCGUUCGAGGUGGUGCCGCGGUCGGCCGAGGCCGGGUACCUGGUGGCGAAGGUGGUGGCGGUGGACGCGGACGCGGGGCGCAACGCGUGGCUGUCGUACGAGCUGGUGCAGGCGCCGGAGCCGGCGCUGUUCCGCGUGGGGCUGCACAGCGGCGAGGUGCGGACGGCGCGGGCCGUGUCGGCGAGGGACGCGGCGAAGCAGCGGCUGGUGGCCGUGGUGAAGGACCACGGGCAGCCGGCGCUGUCGGCCACGGCCACGCUGCACGUGGUGCUGGCCGAGAGCUUGCAGGAGGCGCUGCCGGAGCUGAGCGACAGAGACGCUGUGUCCGAACUGACAUCUGAUCUAAACCUCAUUCUUGUAGCGGCGCUUGCUGUCGUGUCCUUGGUAUUCGUUUUGACAGUCAUUUUGGUAUUGUUCUUUAAAUGCCGACGGUCUAGGAGCCCUCCCGUUUUUAUAACUUCUGAUAAGGAACUGUAUUCCAGCCUGGGCUCAAAAGCACCGUACAACUACUGCAGCAGCACGCUGCCCUUGCCCUACUCCUACGAGGUGUGUUUAGCCUCCGAAUCGGGCCAGAAGGACUUCACAUUUCUGAGACCAGGGACGGCAGUGCUUUCUGACCGUCUCCUGGCCGGGGAACCCGGCUCAGGCACUCACUCCGGGAAGGACCCUCCUAGCCCCGAGAGCUCGGCACAGCAAGCUCAGCCUAACACAGACUGGCGCUUCUCUCAGACCCAGAGACCUGGAACGAGCGGCUCCCAGAAUGGAGAGGAAGGUGGAGCCUGGCCGAACAACCAGUUUGACACGGAGAUGCUCCAAGCCAUGAUCCUGGCUUCAGCAAACGAAGCUGCUGACGGUAACUCAACCCUGGGCGGUGGGACGGGCACCAUGGGGCUGAGCGCCCGCUACGGCCCCCAGUUCACCCUGCAGCACGUCCCCGAUUACCGGCAGAACGUCUACAUCCCGGGCAGCACCGCCACCCUCACCAACGCCGCCGGCAAGCGCGACGCCAAGAGUGCCGGCUCCUCGGGAGGCAACAAGAAGAAAUCCGGGAAGAAGGAGAAGAAGUAGAGAAGAAGAAGGAGACCUUAGAGCCACAGGGCAGCCGGCUCCAGCACUCCCCCAAACCACAGCCCAGGCCGGAGGACGAAUGUGAUUUUUUUGUGAUGCAAAAAGUAGGAAACGCUGCGAAUGUAUUUCAUCAUCAUCAGAGCUAGGAGCAGGGUCUCGCUGCUGUUAGAUCUCAUGAUGAAAACCAAUCCGGAAGCUAAACCGCACGCAAACAAGUGCCCUGUGAAUACUUGCUAAUGUUUUAUACGAUCCCUCGGGUAUUAGAAUAUGCAAGGACGGAAGGUCUUCUGCCAGGUCUUUGGAUCCGAUUUGUUCCCAGAUAGUCCGAGAAAGGCACUAAGCUUGUGCUCGGCUUUGCCCAGUGUAAAUAAUUUUAACGCGAAUCUUUUAAUUUAUAGACCUUCGAUCAUUUUUUGGAAAGGAAAAGGCAGUUCCUAGCUUAGAGCCCAUGCUCCAGAUCUUUGCUCUUAAACUUUCCAUUAGUAAAAUUCACCCCCAGUUAAUGAUAGCGAUGGAUUUAUUGCUGAGAAGUUGGUAGGGAGUGCUUCGGUUCCUGCUUACCUGUUACCUGGAAAAAAAAUAAGUAAGUGUUUAUAUUGCAUGAGUCAAAGGGAAUAUGGCAAAGCUGCAUCCUAAACAUUUAUUUUUUUUUUUUAAAGUGCAACCACUGAUGGCCUGAAAUAUGAGACAAAAAAAAAACCUCCUGAUGUCUGAGAGGUAGGGAAUUCAAUGAGGAGCAUGCCGAGGUGUGCGGCAGCUGCCCCAUCGGUUCUAGGGGUCUCCGAAGAGCAGACACAUCUCAUCCCUUCUUUGCAGUAAAUAUUUAUAUGUACAGUCAAUGUUCUUCUGGAAUUAAAGCUAAGAGAGUCUCGCUCCCCUGCGGCCAGGCAGCCAUCUGGCCGAGUCCCCGCCAAGGGGACCGGGGAAGAUGCUUCAUGUUUCUGCACACCGUGUCUGCAUGCACGUCCUUCACCUCACACCUGCACUAGCGCAGUUAGUUCCACGGACCCGGAGAAGUCCUCGCAUGCCCACGCAGCGUGGUGUGAACGCGCUGGCAGCCGCCCAAGCCUCCGUGCUGGGACUGCCUUG